ACUACCGUUUUGGUCAUUCAGUCCAAACCUUUCUCGGCUGCCUGUCUCUCUCUCUCUGUGUGUCUUCUCUUCAUCCUUGAUAUUAUUCAACCGUUUCAUUCCACUAUCUGAGUGUAACAUCACUUCAAAGAGACAACAAGGACCCGUCAACAAGUGACUUGACAGCCGGUCCACACCACUUCUCCUUCAAUUCACAUACGCAACACAGUCUCACUUCUGUCUCAAUUCUCAGUCAAAAGUGGAGGGGAGGGAAAAUAAUUACACUCGCUCCUCCAAGGACCUAUCCUCCCUCUUCGACGCAUCGAGGCAACCGAAGCUCAACCCCCUAGCAUGUCCUACCAGGCUCCUAGAGCUCCAACAGGGAAUGCAAAUGAUUCUACUGGUCAAAAUUCUGGCCAAGCGCCCCCAUCCUCGUCUUCCACUCAGAGCUCCAAUAAUCCAGCAACCACACCCAUAGACUGGUCAAACUAUAUGAGCUUUCAACAAUCCCCAGGCCAUUUCGCCCAACAGUCUUCAUCCAGCAGAUCCAGGGAUAGGAGCAUGGAUGGUGCAGACGUCGUGAGACAGGGUGCUGGAAGUCCAGGGGAUAAUUUUCAGACAUUCGCUCAAGGCAUCGCCAUGACUCGACCCUCCCCAACGUCCAUCAACUUUGCCCACCCUCAAUUCCGCUCCAACACCCCUCAGAACCAACCGGGAGGCUCUUCAUCUUUAAACCAAUCACAACAGCAGUUCGCCGGUUCAGACGAAACCAAUCGACCGUCAAGUAGUGUGACAGGCAAAGGCAAGUCUCCCGUCACCUCCACAAGUCAACCGGCAACAAACGAUCCAUCGAAUGGUCUGAGCCUCGAUCCUUCAGCCUUCUCUCGCGAUAUCCGCUUUCAAGUCCCGCCUUUUCUCUCCAACUCGUUUGGUGGUGCGCCAACGUUUCCACCAGGAGGCGAGGCAUGGUCAGGCUUCUCCCCCGGCAAUCUAUUCGAUACAUCAGGCAGUCACCAGUUGACCCCAGGCACUCUUUUCGGAUCCUCAAAUUUCAGUAACCAAGAUGGUUACAAUGAUGGCGGAGGGACAGGCAGAAACGUACUGGAGGGGCUGAGCGGAUUCAUGAACGAAGGGGGAUGGGAGACUUGGGGAGACGACAAGGAUUCACCACCAAAUAACAACAACUUUGGCACAACAUUCUACGUCAAUCCGAAUCCGAGUCCAAGUAUUCUGGCUCCAAAGCAAGAUUUCAGAUCCCAGGAUAUCAGUCGCAGGCAGAAUGUGCCCCCCAUCACCGUCAAUGGAGCUGCAGUACACCAGAACAGGUCACAGACCGCCAAGCCUGCAGCUGUGUCUGGCCCUUCAGCGACCUCUCCUCUCUCCUCAUCCACCGGGACUAUGCCUACCUCUGCACUUUUCAAUCAACAGAAUCCUGCUCAAGCUGCUUCAACAUCCCUCACCAUGCCAAGCUUAACUGCCGAUGUCAACUCUCAGUCGCUCUCUACUGGGUCAAAUAUUGCUUCCUCUUCCACUCAACCAUAUGCGCCGCCUCAAAACACCCAGUCCCUGUUGCAAGGACCGACACUCCCACCCAAUCUCGUCGGCACAUCCCUCACUGAUGGACCUGGACUAUACUCCACCACUGGCUUUGACAUGGUCGGUAUCCUGGCGCGUGUCGCGAACCGCAAGGAUCCAAAGACACAACUCGGUCCAGUCGACUUCAGUUGCAGCUUUGUUGUCGUUGACAUCCGCAGGUAUGACUCGCCGAUCGUCUACGCCAGUCCUACCUUUUCAGCCUUGACGGGUUACGAUCAGGCACAAAUAGUGGGCCGAAACUGCCGGUUCCUUCAGAGCCCAGAGGGCGAGGUUGUCAAAGGCUCCAAGAGGAAAUACACCGAUAACGUGGCCGUUGCUCAUUUUAAGCGAAUGCUCAACGCUGGCAAAGAAUGCCAAGCGUCCCUCAUAAACUAUCGACGGGGAGGAAUGCCUUUCAUCAAUUUGGUCACCGUAAUUCCGAUUCCUUGGGAGGGAACAGAGAUCGUAUACCAUGUCGGCUUCCAGGUCGAUCUAGUCGAACAACCAAACGCUAUCUUACGCAAUAUGCGAGACGGCAGUUAUCAAGUCAACUACACCGUCACCAAUAUCCCUCAAGCCCCUCUCCGACCUCCCACAAGGGACCUUGGCGGCGUCGGUCUCAGCGCAGACAUUAUCGACAUCAUGGGUGCCAAAAUCAAUAUGCCCGGUUUUGCUACCGGUGAGGAGGGUGGAAAAAUGGAGUGGCUCAAGAUGAUACUGGAGAACGCGGAUGACUUUGUCCACGUGCUAUCGCUCAAAGGCAUGUUCCAGUAUGUUUCGCCUUCCGUUCGGCGCGUGCUCGAGUAUGAGCCAGAAGAUCUGAUCAACAAGAACAUGUCGGAUGUCUGUCAUCCCUCAGAUAUCGUGCCACUCAUGAGAGAACUCAAAGACUCUACUCAUGCCCCCGUUGAUGGUAACUCGGCCCGAACCGUCAACCUCGUCUUCCGCAUCAGACGCAAAUCAUCAGGCUACGUCUGGAUCGAAUGUACCGGUCGUUUGCACGUCGAGCCAGGUAAAGGUCGAAAGGCUGUGAUCUUGUCCGGUCGGGCUAGGAGUGUGCCAACGCUCCCCUGGGAGGCCGUGGCUCGUCAUGGCGGAUUAGCCGACAAGGAGUUUUGGACGCGAAUCGCGUUUGAUGGUCUCGUCCUUCACUCGACGUCGUCUGUCGUCGACGUUUUAGGAUAUCAAGCGGAUGAGAUAGUCGGUAAAAGUAUCUUCUCGCUCCUGUCCGGCGGUGUCCAACCUUCCGUUGCUCCUCCCUCCAUGCUGUCCCUUGUCCAAGCUUUGCAACAAACAUCACGAGGCGAAGCAAUGUCGGGCGCGAUCACUGUUAACGCCAAGAUGCUCCUAGCGUCAGGUGCUGUGGCGGAUGUUCAGAUGGUCUGUUACUCCACCCGGCCUCCUGUCGAAGAUACCAGCCGAUCUGAUUCUGAUUCAUCCGUAUCGUCCAGCUCUCGACCCAGCUCCACGUCGUCCUCCGUCAGCGGAAUUAGACCAUCAUCCUUGGUGGUUCAGAUCAAACUCUUACCGACUCGACAAUCACGUCCGAUUGUCCAUCCACCAACCGCUAAUGUGUUUGAAGAAUUGGAAACGACUCGCGGGACAUCAUGGCAAUAUGAACUGCACCAACUACGUUUGCUCAACCGGCGGCUCAAGGAAGAUAUUUCAGCCUUGCGGGCUCGCGGGAAAUCAGGCAAUAAGGGCAAGAAGCGAAAAGCGAGCGAAAGUCUCGGCUCCAACCUUCGCAUGACGGCCAUGCCGGAGCAAUAUUCUGCCGCACCUAAACAUCAACUCACCCCUGGAUUCGGUCUCGUCGCGCCGGGCAUGCCCAGCCCAUACUAUCAAUAAUUCGCAUUUUGCAUCCCUCCCUCGACUCCAAUGCGCUUAUGAAAUGAUUUUUGAAUGAUACGAUCGCGGUGUUCGUCAAAGCUUCAGUGACGAUGAUAGAACGAUGUAGCAACAGAUGAGAAACAAAAAACAGGAAAGUCGGUAAUUUCGAUUGUACUCAGUCAUGCAGAACACUGGUCAUUCACAAUCAAGUUUCGUU